ACAUCCGAAUCCAAUCCGUGGCAUCGCCCAUCCUAGAGACAAUCCUCCCCUCCCGUGUUAUUCACAUAGCUCCGUAACGCGAUAUGCGUCCCCGUGCGGUCGGUCUUAUUUCGAGAAGUUGAACUGUCAACCCAACCGCUCAUUCCCCGGAAAAUCCUACGGUCACUAGAUCACCAAUCCCGCCGCGUCUUUCAACCAUCCAUAACCCUACUCUCAUCUUCUCGUUUUUUCCGUCUUCUCCAAACCCAAAGCUUUUUCAUCCUUCUUCUUUCCUGUGAUUAUUUUCUACUUGUGUGCUCCUCCAUGGUUCCUCUGUUAAGUUAAUUCCCAAGGAUAUAAAUUUCGGAUUUCUGGGUUCGUCUCUGAUUCGAAGUCUUAGAUUUUGAUUACUGGGUUUGUGUAAUUGGAGGUGUUUUGAUUACUGGUUUGUGUAAUUGGAGGUGUUGGGGGUCAAGAGAGUUUCCAUCCCUUAAAUUCACGGUCAGAGUCAUAUCCUUUUAUGGAAUUUGAAUGCCAAGUGAGUAUUCAGGUUUCUAAGAAUUUGGCAGACUCUGUAGAAAAUUCGUUUCGACAGCAAACUGAAUCGAAUCGAUUCAAUUCUAACCCUGAAGCCGAAAACUUUAGCAUUUCAGGACGAACGUUAGAUUCCUAUCUUGAAAAGGAAGAAACUUCAAUUCCAAAAUCCACACCAAUCAAGAAGCCAAACUUGGAGUCUUGUGGUUCGAAACAGUUGUUGUGUAGCGAUGUCCUUGUUAAUUCUCAUAGAACAAUCACCGAUCUUCCUCCAGCUUUGUUAUCCGAAAUUCUGAAUUGCCUUGACCCAAAAGAGCUAGGCAUAGCUUCAUGUGUAUCAGCUUAUCUCUGUAAGGUUGCGUCUGAGCACCAUGUUUGGAAGGAUUUUUACUGUGAGAGGUGGGGAACUCCCACACUUCCAACACCUUUGGGAACGGGAGUCUCUGACAAGACAUUGUGGAAGGAGUUUUUUGUUGAAAGGGAGUUUAGGAGUAAGACCUUUAUGGGACGUUAUAGCAUUGGCGUUAUGUAUGGUCAUGCUGAAGCUGUUCAAACAGUUUUCCUUUUGGCUUCCGCAAAGCUCAUAUUUACUGCUGGGUAUGACCAAACUGUAAAAAUGUGGAAGAUGGAAGAAGGAUUGUUGAUUGCUUCUUCAAGAUCUCUUGGUUGCACUAUUCGUGCAGUUGCUGGAGAUACAAAACUCCUGGUCGCCGGUGGUACUGAUGGGUUUAUCCAGUGUUGGAGGGCAGUGGAGGGCUUUCCACACUUGUUUGAUAUUAAGGGUCCUCAAAACCAGAAUACCGAGUUUCGACUAUGGGAGCAUGAGGGGCCCAUAACUUCUCUUGCUUUGGAUUUGACUAGGAUUUAUAGUGGUUCCUGGGACAUGACUGUUCGUGUAUGGGAUCGGUUUUCACUCAAGUGUGUAAAGAUUUUGAGGCAUAGUGAUUGGGUAUGGGAACUUGUGCCUUGGAAUCUUACAGUUGCUAGCGCAUCGGGUUCUGAUGUUUAUAUUUGGGAUGCUAGUAGCGGGAGACUGAUGACCAUUAUUCAUAAUGCUCAUGUUGGUAAUACCUACUCUUUGGCACGAAACCUCACAGGGGAUUUUCUAUUUUCUGGAGGGGAUGACGGUGCAAUACACAUGUAUGAAAUCACUAGUCAUGGUCACAAGACUGAUGCAAUACUCGUUGCCACAUGGGUUCCUCACUCAGGCCGUGUCUAUUCCCUUGCAUUUGAGUUUCCAUGGCUUGUUUCUGCUUCUGCUGAUGGGAAACUCUCACUAAUUGAUGUGAGAAAGCUUCUAAGGACUAGAAAGCGUGCUUCAGAAAAGGGUUUUUCAUGUAUUAAGCAUGCGGACCCAAGUACUGUGGAACCUCCGCAGAGGAUGUUACAUGGUUUUGCGAAAAAUCUUGUGUCAGUGGACAUUGGUGCUGAUCGUAUUGUAUGUGGAGGUGAGGAAGGUGUUGUUAGGAUAUGGGACUUCACAGAAGCUUUGGAGAUUGAGCGGAGGGUUUGUGCUUCAAGAGCAAUGCGGUUGGAGAAUAGGAUGAGGCGGCGUAUGCUCCAUUUAGAGAAUAGCAGCAAAGCCAGUCGGAACGAUCAAUGUUCGGUUGCAGCCAAGAAGAAUCCAGUCACUGGUGACAGGAGUGGUUGGCUCAGUAAAGGCGCGUUGAGCGGGAAGCUGAAGUCAUAGUAGCAGAUAGGAAUAUGGCGAAUACAUGUCUUUCUUGUCCAAGUUGGUGCACGGAGGCUCUUCUUUUACAUUGACGAAGUGAUUAUGCUCCGGUGAGUAGUAUUGUUUGCGCACCUUAGGAUAUACGUACGCAGAGGUGUAGUCAUGAAAAUAGUUAAUGAUCAGCAUGGUAGAGAAGGAUAUACGUACUUUGCUUUUAACUGAAACUCACGAAUGCGUUGAGAAGUACUAGUCGUUGUUAUACUCUUAUUCUUACCCAAAUGACUCCUCGUCCAUGACGAUGCUCACGAGAUAAUACUUUGUACUUCACUAGGAAAUAACUCUUAUCAAAGCAUGGUUUGUCUUGUAUGUUGUCAAA